UCCUGCUCCUUUGCCUUCUGCUGGCUAGAUUGGGUUGUGUCUUUGCUCCCUCUUUCUUCAGGUGACAGUGGGUACCUGAGGUACCCAGGCCCCCUACCUCAUUACCCCCAUGAAUGCUGUGGAAAGUCCCGAGGGGCAAGAGCUCCAAAAGAUGGGGAGUGGAGCCUGGGACAACCCUGCCUACAGUGGUCCCCCCUCCCCACAUGGGACACUGAGGGUCUGCACCAUAUCCAGGGCAGUGCCCCCCCAGCCCCAACCCAAAAAGCCUGAAGAUGGACCCCGGGAGAAGGCAUACAGGACCCUGGUAUCCAGCUGCUGCUUCCAGAUCUGUCGUGGCAUUAGAGGACUUUGGGGAACAACUCUGACUGAGAACACAGCUGAGAACCGGGAGCUUUACGUCAAGACCACCCUGCGGGAGCUGUUAGUAUACAUCAUGUUCCUGGUGGACAUCUGUCUUUUGACCUACGGAAUGACAAGCUCCAGUGCCUAUUAUUACACCAAAGUGAUGUCUGAGCUCUUCUUAUAUACCUCAUCAGAUACUGGAGUCUCCUUCCAGGCCAUCAGCAGCAUGGCGGACUUCUGGGAUUUUGCCCAGGGCCCACUACUGGACAGUUUAUAUUGGACCAAAUGGUACAACAACCAGAGCCUGGGCCAUGGCUCCCACUCUUUCAUCUAUUAUGAGAACCUGCUGCUGGGGGUUCCAAGGCUGCGGCAGCUGAGGGUCCGCAAUGACUCCUGUGUGGUGCAUGAGGACUUCCGCGAGGAUAUUUUGAGCUGCUACGACGUCUACUCUCCAGACAAGGAAGAGCAACUCCCCUUUGGGCCUCUCAAUGGCACAGCGUGGACAUACCAUUCACAGGAUGAGCUUGGGGGCUCCUCUCACUGGGGCCGGUUGACAAGCUACAGUGGAGGUGGCUACUAUCUGGACCUUCCAGGAUCUCGACAGGCCAGUGCAGAAGCACUCCAGGACCUUCAGGAGGGCCUAUGGCUAGACAGGGGCACUCGGGUGGUCUUCAUUGACUUCUCAGUCUACAAUGCCAACAUCAAUCUUUUCUGUGUUUUGAGACUGGUGGUGGAGUUUCCAGCUACAGGAGGUGCCAUUCCAUCCUGGCAAAUCCGCACGGUUAAGCUGAUCCGCUAUGUCAGCAACUGGGACUUCUUUAUCAUUGGCUGUGAAAUCAUCUUCUGCAUCUUCAUCUUCUACUAUGUGGUAGAGGAGAUCCUGGAGCUCCACAUCCACCGGCUUCAUUACCUCAGCAGCAUCUGGAACAUUCUGGACCUGGUGGUUAUCUUGCUCUCCAUUGUGGCUGUGGGCUUCCACAUAUUCCGAACCCUUGAGGUGAAUCGGCUGAUGGGGAAGCUCCUGCAGCAGCCAAACAUGUAUGCUGACUUUGAGUUCCUCGCCUUCUGGCAGACACAGUACAACAACAUGAAUGCUGUGAACCUCUUCUUUGCCUGGAUCAAGAUAUUCAAGUACAUCAGCUUCAACAAAACCAUGACUCAGCUCUCCUCCACGCUGGCUCGCUGUGCCAAAGACAUCCUGGGCUUCGCCGUCAUGUUCUUCAUUGUUUUCUUCGCCUAUGCACAACUCGGCUACCUGCUUUUUGGAACCCAAGUGGAAAACUUUAGCACUUUCAUCAAGUGCAUUUUCACUCAGUUCCGGAUCAUCCUUGGGGACUUUGACUACAACGCUAUUGACAAUGCCAACCGCAUCCUGGGACCUGCCUACUUUGUCACCUAUGUCUUCUUUGUCUUCUUCGUGCUCCUGAACAUGUUCCUGGCCAUUAUCAAUGACACAUAUUCAGAGGUCAAGGAAGAGUUGGCUGGACAGAAGGAUGAGCUGCAAAUUUCUGACCUCCUGAAACAGGGCUACAACAAGACCCUACGGAGGCUGCGUUUGAGGAAGGAGCGGGUUUCAGAUGUACAGAAGGUCCUGCAGGGUGGGGAGCAGGAGAUCCAAUUUGAGGAUUUCACCAACACCUUGAGGGAACUUGGGCACGCAGAGCAUGAAAUCACUGAGCUCACAGCCGCCUUCACCAGGUUUGAUCAAGACGGGAAUCACAUCCUGGACCAGAAAGAGCAGGAACAAAUGGAACAGGACCUGGAGGAGAAGAGGGUGGCCCUCAACGCAGAGAUUGAGAACUUGGGCCGGUCCAUUGUGAGUAGCCCACCAGGCGAGUCGGGUCCAGAGGCUACCAGAGCAGGUGGCUGGGUUUCAGGAGAAGAAUUCUACACACUCACAAGGAGAGUUCUUCAGUUGGAGACUGUCCUGGAAGGAGUCAUGUCCCAGGUGGAUGCCGUGGGCUCAAAGCUAAAGACGCUGGAGAGGAAGGGGCAGCUAGCUUCCUCCCCAGGCAUGGGGGAUCAAGGCAUUUGGGAGCACCUGCAGCCAACCCCAGCUGUGACUCCAGCCCCCUGGGGAGUCCAGGGUGGGCAGGAUUGUGAGUUUACAGGUGAAAGAGAAGGGGAAGCCUUGGAGGAGAGGAGACUUUCUCAUGUGUGGAGAUUACAAUGUUGCAGAGGCAUUGGAGUGACCCCUCCAUCCAGGGCAAAGACCAUGAAGGCUCAGUUGAGGAGGCUACUGCUAACAUUCCACUGAACACCGGGAACUGACAGGGCUGUAAA